UCUCGGUGUCCAGCUGGAGCCUCCCAAUGCGCCCUCGCCAUUUAGAUGCUUCCGGAAAGGAGGAGCUUCUAUGUUAAGGCAGCUACUACAUAGUGGAGCAGCAUUGUUCUCAGCGUCAUCCCUGAGUCUUUUUCGACUAAAAAAAGAAGGCAAAAGUGUCCUCUUUUUCAAGUAAGCCACAGAUCGUAAUAUCGGGCAACACAGAUCGUGAUAUCAGGGAUACGAGAACUGAUGUAAUAGCUCUAACUAUGUUGCACACUCCUACAGGCGGUGGCACAACAGCAAGAAGUCCUACUACCGGCGUUGUACUGGACGCGGGCACGGUUUUCAUUGCAAGCACAAGCUUGAGGAUGGUGUACAACACAAAUAUAGGCGUUGCAUUUUCAUCGAGCAUCCGCGCAGAAGGGAAAACUGCGCAAGAUGCUCGCGAAAAUUUGGCUAAGACGGUACUCCUAAAAAGAAAUAACUAUCGUUUUCAUCGUCCACUGCGUAUACCAUAGUACUAUGAAGGGAUAGAUAAAUCGCACAGUCAUGCAGGGAAUUCGUAGGGGCUCUGUCGAUAAAGCUUCGAUUUUUGCUCGUUGCUAUUCAAUGAAAAUUUGCUACGGAUGGAGGAAUUCGUAGGAUAAAACUUACGCUCUACCUAUAAAAAAGGCAAUUGUCAUCAUGUCGGACGAUACUAAGUAGGAGUGAGUAGUAGUAGACUCCUGAGAAAGAUUCAACUAAAAGUCUAGAAGUAGACAACAAAACUACGUACUACAACAGAUUUUGGACAUGCUGCACCACGGCUUGCCUCCUGCGAUUGUCCCCGGUCCGAAUACUAAAAAGGGGAUGCAAUGUCAAGGCCGUGGAGAAGAGAGGCUGGGACGGGUCCUGGACUCUGAGGACGAUGAGAUUACAGAAGCUGAUGACGAAGAAGACAGCUCUCCCUUGAGAGCGGACUCACCGCAGAAGCGAACUCCGAUGACGGAUGAAGAUGAGCACGGGAAAAUUACGAUGUGCUUGAAGACGUUGUGUAGAUGAUCAACUUGCUAGUCUAGUAGCUUUUUGCAGCAUUGGUAUUGCUGCAGCUACUUUACUCUAGUACUAGUUGUUGAGGCUUAAUAGUCCUCGUACUUGUACAACAAACUGUAGUUGUACCAAACUGUUAGGCCUACAACAGAGUGUUGAUGUGUCUGUAAUCUGUAUCAGAACAACAAUGGAACUAGGCAAGUCUACAUCUACUGGUGUUCUUUUAGAAUGCAGUUGUCACCACGAUAAAGUCAGUCAGACUCCUGAUGUCUCAUCCGAUCAGGUCGCUUAUACUCUAAAACCAAAGACAUGAGGCAGCCUGCGAAUGGACACGAUUUGGAUGAGAAACCGUCGGGCACGAAGAUGAAAACACGUAGUUUCGACAGUGUACAGAAAAUCUCGCCUGAAGUGAUUCAUCAUGUUAAGGCAACUAUCGGACCUACUUUUCAAGGUCAAGGAUUAAUGCAGUCAGAAAGAGAGACGCAGGUCCCCAAUAAUGUCUUGUAGUACUAAUCUUUAAGUAUUAUAUAUAAAUAUGUACAACUUCUAAUUUUUAUGCGGCUACUAGCAGCUCCGAAUCCGACGACCCUGCUGAGGGACCCAAUAAAUCGUCGGAAGACAGUAGUGACGACGUAGAGCUUCGAAAUUUGUCUUCGCCAGAAGUGAACGAGGAGGCGAGACGAGAAGAAGGUAAUCCUACUGCGUCGACCGGAGUAAGAGCCUUGAUUAGGGAUCUCAAUAAUGUGCAUCUUUUACUGCAUCCUUGAAAAGUAUGAUGGACUAUUUCACAUUGAUACUCUUCAGGGAUGCAGUUGAGGGAUGAACUAUGGAUAGCUCUAACUCAAGAAAUGGGAAAAAGUUGUCGCCAAAUGGUGAAGAGCGUAGUACCGAUGCUCCGAGAAGUCCAAGAAUGGAGCAACAACAACAGCGUUCAUCUUGUACGGAAACAACGGAAAUGAUUCCUACAGCUCAGCAACGACAACAUCCAGCAUCGCGACGUCCAUCCGCGGGCAGUGGCCCUGAAAGUAACGAACAUGUUGGCACUGAUGCUAAAGGGAACGAUACUACCGAACAUCCCGAACAUAUUCUUCCAGAUAAAGUAGACAGAGCCGAAGUUUCGGCUCGUUCUUCAGAUCAAAGAAGUCCUGCUCGUUCGAGUCCGGAUCGAAGCAGGAGUCGUUCGAGUCCGAGCCCUCGACCCUCAGAUAGGGUUUCCUUGAGUGAAGAGAAAGACUCGCCUACUGGUCCUUGUGUUGAUGCUGAGGAUGAUCAUGUGCAUUGUGAAGAUGAUCCUGUGCAUCGUGCUGAUGAUGGGACAAAUGCAGCAAACGUGGUCGUCAACGAUGAGACGAAUGCGAACGUCAACGCUCCUUACGUUUCAACUUCAAGCGAUGAAGAUGAGGAAGUACCUUUGUACUAUGCGGAAGCAGAAGAUCGAGAGGAGAAUACUAACGUCACACAUCUACACUGUGGAGGCAAUGAUCAUGAAGAAACAUCCACUAGGCGAGUAGACCAAAGCAUCCACCAAGUAGGGAGUAGCAGUUCAGCACGCGAUGUUGUUAAUACACACAACAAGCCACACCAGAAUUCCCAUUCAUCAAGUGAAGAAGCUACAAGCUCUGAAGAUGAGAAUAGUCCGGAUAAUCUUCGUGGAAAACGUACGCAAUACGAGGAACCUUCAGCUUCACCCGGCUCAAGGUAUAAAGCUACAAAUAAAGCCUCCGAAGACCAUGCUCCAGAUCAGACCACCAAUCAGGACGCGCAGACGUCUGGGUCUGAAGAAGGCGCAUCGUCUGAGAAUGAUGAACUACUCGAAGAGAUGGGUGAAGUUAUGUGGUAGAAGUAACUCGGAAUGAUACAGCAUGCACUAGUAGCACUCAUAGGCCUUCUACGUCUUAGCAUUGUCAUGAAUAGUCUCCUCUUGUGCAAGGAGAUUCCAACUCCUCGUCAGUCAUUCAUCUCCGAAUAAGCAGAAACGAAAAAAAGUGGUUAGUUCUUGUCUGUGCUUCAGAUUGAUACUUAGAUGAGCGCUUGCUGUUCUCAGUGACUCGCUACCUAAGAAUAUCAGUUUACUUGUCUCGCAAAUGUAAGUAUCCAGCAUCUGUCUUAACAACAACUUUUCAUUCAAGGAAAGAUCACGUUGAUUUAAUCUUCUAAAGUGCCAGAAGCAUUUAACCCAGAUGCAUUUGUGCGUGCGAAGCUGAAGGCUGACAAGUUGCGGAAGCAGAGGGAGGAGCUUUUCAACCUGUUGGAGAGGCAAAGGGGUGUUCUCGCCCAGGCUAAGAAAGACUACCGAGAAGAAGCGAUGGCUCAGCGCGAGAGAAUCGUGGAGUUGAUUAUGAGGAUUUGUUUCGAGUUUGAAGCUUUACCCUAAACGCUAGCUCUAUUAAUCUAAUCUAAUUAAAUAAACUAGAGAAGAAGAAGAAUGUAGACGAAUGUUUCUAAUUAUACUACUACCAUAAGAUGAAAAUGUAACAAAAGAAAAGUAUAAAAUCAACAGUUCAAUUAAUUUUUUUAGAAAUUGCUCGAUCCUUCUCCUCUCUUCCAAGUGUCAACGGACAAGUUGAUAGAGUCAGCGCGAAUAUCUAAAUAUUACUUCAAACUGUUCAACUUCGAGAUCGAAUCUAAUCCGUCUACUUCUUCCUCUGGCUUAUUACUUUUGAGUAGAAGUUCUUGAUUUAAACUCAGCAACGCUCUGUAGUUAGGGUCUAUUUAUCUAAGAAACUGGAGAAGAAGAAGAAUGUAGACGAAAAAUUAAGCCGCGACGAGAUCAGGGAUUUGCGGAUUGAAUUUGCGCGGAGAUCCAGAGAGCUAGAAGGUGGCCGACUUUAUGACUUCUGAAACAACUUUUUUUGAUACAGAACCAGCAGUGCUGACAAGACCAAAGAAGAGCUUCUUCUUGUUCGUACUUACACAUUUUUUUUAGACCAUGCAUUCCCUCCGUCCACGCCAACCCUGACAAUCAACGCGGCCGCUUUUUGUAAGCACUCUCAACAGCAAGAAGUAGUCCGCCUAGACGUCUAUGGUAAUAAGACUUUACACCUAGUAGAUCCACAUAUAGAAGUCCCAGUCCCAGACCUAGGUACACUGACAGACCUAGAUGAAUGUGACUCGCUCGUCCUGCUUCAUGUUUUCGUCAAUUUGGAUGCUUAUCUUGUGAGCAAGGGAAAACACACGCUGAGCGAAUGGGCAGCUGAGCGAGCCGGAUACGAUCGACUGGAAUUAGUUAAGGGCCGCGAAGAAUAGACCGUGACUAGAAACUGAAUCUUCAUGGAGGAUGGUAGUGUUACUGACCUCCACCGUCCUUCUUCUAAGUUUGUAAAAAAUCUAGUUCAACAUCUUCUCCUUCCGCGGUCCUCCUGUCCUCCUUAAGCUUGUAGUUAAUCUACUUAGUCCUUUUCGUCCGUUCGACGCGGUCUCAAUUUCUAAGUCAGAACUGUACAAGGUGAUAGCUGCUCAUCCAGAAUUGCGAGAAAAAAGGGAUCCGAAAGCACCUCCUGAAGAACGACGACCCAUGGCUAUUCCAGGUUAUGGAAAACAAGUCUCCUGCCAUGGCCAUGGCCUCUCUAUUUUGUAUGAUGCCACUCGUUGAGAACGAAGAAUGUCGUUCCUAAGUAAGAAGGCAAACUGGGAACGACAUUCCCCUAUCGACGUUCUCAAUGAGUGGAGGCAUUCAUCCUAAUGCUGUAAAGAUGCAAUACUAAUCAAUUAUUCUGUGUGCUAUUCGGGACAAUUACGACAUGCCUCUAAACCAUACAUUUUCAUUUCAAGCUACUAUUCGCAAUACAUUAGAAGCAAGCUACUGACUAUGUCCAUCUGCAACUUUUUCUAAGUAUGUCCUUGGUCCAAAGGCGCCGCGUCUUCACGCGCAUCAUGCGACAAUUCGAGUACGAGAUCUCGCCAGCCUCGUCAGGCGGACAAUGCUCCGAAACAGCCCCCAUCUUCAGGGCCACGGCUCUUUCUUAUGGCCGCGUUCAUUAGCAUUAUAAUUUCCAACUCUCGUAUAGUCUAUUGCACUGUUCUUCUUCUUUCUGCUUCAAAGCCGAUUCUAUGUUGCAUAUCUCAAUUGAGUCCUACUUCGCCACGACUACCAUGUCAUUCCUGCUUCUAGAAAAUUUCAGUUGCGCCUCUAGUCGUAGUCCUUACACAAGUAAGUACUUACUUCCUAAUCCCAUCUGCUUUCUCUCGGUCUAGUACUCUUCAUAUCACUGCCACUGCAGCCGGCUUCUUCCCGUGUGGGAAGUUUGCGGGGAAUGCGGUAUCAGAGCGAAGCGAACUUGCUCAGGCGACCGGCCACUGUAGGUGGUCCAUUCGCAGGAUCAGGAGAAGUAUCAAACUCGUCUAACGGCUCAAGUUCGAACGGUGUACAAGAAGAAUUAAGGCAGCUUUGUGCAAUUCUUUCAUCUUGAGAAGCAUCCUGUUUGUUCGCCUUUUGUUUAAAGGAAGGAAAACGCGCCAAAAAAGAUGAUGCUUCUAUCUAUUCAAAAGAUGUUGUUGCAUUAUUGUGUUUGUGAGUUCUACUAAUACAAGAACAAGGCUCUUUAGGUCGUGGAGCCCCAUCGUACACGAACGGUGCCCAACAUUAUGAUCCAUUUUCUGGUACGAAUGGUGCUGCAGGGUCCUCUCAGGCCAAUCCCGGCACAGAGCAACAGGGAAGGUUUUCUAGCUACUCCCAGGAUUAUGGUCCACCACAGAGCGCGUCAAAAGGGAACGGAAAAAGUACGGCAUCAAAUAAGGGCAACAACUGUAGCAAAACUUUUUCCACCCGCUAUGAUAGAAGUACUAGUAUUGGGCCACCUGCUGCGAGAAAUACAAACUCGUCGAAUGCUUCAGACACAACUUCCUACCAGCACGGCAACAACUACUACGGCACUUCUGGAGGCAAGUCAUCGUCGACAAAUAAUUACUCGGGCGGAGGUGGUUACUACAAUAGUAACACAUCAUACAAGAGUAACACGCACCAUUAUAGUAAUACCAAUACGCAAGGAGGAAACAGCAAAUCUAGUGCAUCGCGAGGGGGCGGCAAAAAGAGAUACAAGAGGAACUUUACCGCGUCAGAAGAAAAAAGAUUGUUGGAAGGAGCGACGAGCAUGAAGGAAUUGUCAGAAAUGGUCAAAUUAUGACUUAUUAUAGAUACCCUGAUGAUCAAAAAUCUUAAUCUUGUUCAGCUUCAAAAGCAUCCUGUUGUUUGAGUGCUCAGGGAUGUAGUGCUCCUCGAGGAGAUGCUAUGGGUACCAGCACGGAGGAAACAGUUCCCCUAGGAACUAAUGUCUGAGCAAGAAGCAGAAGAAGCUCAGAUCUCGAAGAUCCGAUCACGUCCUCUGUAAAGUCUCUACGUCCUCUAACUCAAGACUACGCGUAUAACGAUGUCCCCGAGAAAGAAAAGACGCGUAUUAUGCACAAGUAUUCUGAGAAGAUGAAGAUUGGUCGCAAAACAAUAACCAGACGAAGAGACCUCUCGCUCGCGCCAGCGGCAUUUGGAAGCUUUUUGCUGCGGUCGGAUGAGUGAGGAUUUGGUGGAAGUACGUAGUUCUGGGGUUCCAUAUUGAUGAAGAUCAGUAGUUUUGCUCGGAUAAAGGUCAUCUUUUUGGCACUUGUUGCUCAUAGGGCACCAUCUUAGUACUUCCUCGGAUUUCUCCCGAUGCGCACAUUACUCAUCCGACAUAGAAUGCACUUUUUGAAGGGAAGGGGGAGCAAUACCAUGAAUACGUGAGCAAGAUCGCAUAAGAGUGAUUUAUAUCCUCUGGAAGGUGUAUCAUGCUUUCCGAAAAAUAGCAGACUGAUCAUGGUCGUCUCUGCUCCCACGACAAUCAGUCUCAAAUAUAUCUUAAUCCAGAAUAGAUAGUAUUUAGAUCUACUGAUGAAGAUUCGCUUUGAAAUUGAAUAGCGGGCCCUCUCCAUUAUAACGUUGAGCAAUGUUCUAUGAAUUAUACGUCUCCUACUCCCCCUUUCUUAUAUAUGAAUAUCCUCGUCGCCCCUAGUUUCUGUAUAGUUAGAUCUGAGGCGUGUCCAGCCCCAUAAUUUUUGGUAACGACUCUGAAAGCAGGACCAAAGAAGAACCUUUACGUGGUUUUCAACUAUGCCUUAUUUAAGGCUCAACUUUCAUUGGUCAUUGAGGUUAGUCACUGAGAUCCCUCUUGAGAGAACAGGGGAAAAUGAAGGAAAAGCAAAGGGAGAGGCAUGGGGCCCAUUUCUUUCAGCAUCAGUGACCAUUGAAUGCUGCGCUUUAACUUAUGUUACUCGCUUAAUGCUGAUGGACAACAGAAGCAAGAGUCAGCAGAUUGGGAAUAUAGUACAAAGGUAUGCCUGCGCCUACGCACCCACCUCUUAUAUCUUUCUCCCCACGCCGCGAAGCAUUCUCUUAAUUAUAUAUUGAAAGGAACCCUCCACUCCGAGUCGUACCAAACAAGAGCCGGCUCUUGUAGUUAGAGACCUGCAC